UGCCCGGCUGUAGUUUGAUAAAUAAUUUUCUCCGCCAAUAUUUAUUUCUGCCAAUAUUCAUCCAACUAGUUAACUUAAAAAUGAGUACAGCUGUUGUAACUCAGCAGCGGCCCCUAGGCUUUAUUGGUUUGCAUACGGAAUUUACAAAAGCACUCAACGAAGCAUUCCAAAAGAAGGACGCUCAAAUAUUGCGCGCCUCUUACGAAUCCUUCGGCGCUAAUACUGAUCAUGAUAAGAAGUCGCCUAUGGAUCAAGCUUUUCGUGAAAUGCUACUAUUCCACCUGAGUGACAAUGUUGAGAAGGUCGGGGCUCUGGUGCGGCUAUCAGUUGACGCUGUGCGCGUAGAAAUUGUCUCAGUGACCAUACCAGUUGUGCUGUUGGGCGACAUCUUCGAUGCAGUCACGCUGGAUAAGUGUGAACAAAUCUUUAGUUUCGUUGAAGAAAUGGUUGAAGUGUGGAAGGAGGAUAUAUUCUUCUCAUCUUGUAAAAAUAAUAUACUAAGAAUGUGCAACGAUCUUUUACGGCGUUUGUCGCGCGCACAGAAUACUGUUUUUUGUGGACGUAUAUUGCUAUUUCUGUCCAAAUUUUUCCCUUUCUCCGAACGUUCAGGAUUAAAUAUUGUAUCGGAAUUCAAUUUAGACAAUGUCACUGAGUACGGCGUGGAUGGCAAAGACCUGGACGAUACUGUGGAAGAUACCGUGGAGGAUAUUCCUAUUAAAAUUGAUUAUAAUCUGUAUUGCAAAUUUUGGUCAUUACAAGACUUUUUCCGCAACCCGAACCAGUGCUAUAGUAAAGCACAAUGGAAAAUGUUCCAAGCACAUGCAGGUACUAUAUUAGAAGCGUUCGACAGUUUCAAGUUGGAGGAGCCACGGCUAAGUAGCGCGGCAGAAAAAACUGAAAGUGCUGUUACGGCGGAUGAUUACUUAGAAAGUAUGAAAAUGGAAUUGAGUGCUGCCGAUAUUUCAGUGGAAACGGAAAAUCAAAAUUCAAGUGAGGCAGAUCAGAUUGUGCGACAGUCAGAUCAUUUCUUUGCGAAGUUUCUAACCAAUCCGAAAUUGCUGACACUUCAGUUGUCCGACUCAAACUUUCGACGCUCAGUCUUAGUACAGUUUCUGAUUCUCUUUCAGUAUUUGCAAUUAACCGUAAAGUUUAAGACUGAAUCAAACACAUUAACUACUGCGCAAACGGACUUCAUCAAAGAAACCCAAGCAAAGGUAUAUAAAUUGCUCGAAGAGACCCCACCGAAUGGAAAACGUUUUUCAUGCACGGUACAACAUAUGUUAACGCGCGAGGAAAUGUGGAACAACUGGAAGAAUGAUGGAUGUAAAGAGUUCCGCAAACCCGAUGAAGCUGAGGCAGAUAAUAGCACAAACAAGGAUGCAGGAAACGCUGAUGGUACGCCUGCCAAACCACCUGCAGCUAAGCGCUCCAAACGCACACUUGGUGAUAGUUUGCGAGAAGCUCAUCGCAAUGGUAAAUUCUUUCUGGGCAAUGAUGUCUUGACACGCCUCUGGAACUACUCGCCAGAUAAUUUGCAGGCCUGCAAGAGCGAGGAACGCAAUUUUUUGCCACAUGUUGAAACAUUCCUCGAAAAUCCGCAUGAAAAGAACGAUCCAUCAUUUGAAUGGCGCGCACUCCGUUUACUAGCCAGGCAGUCGCCACAUUUUUUCACAUUCUUAAACUCGCCAUCAUAUAAAAUUGCUGACUAUCUGGAGGGAGUACGCCGUCGUUUAGCCAAGGAUCGUAUAGAUAAUGCCAAAGCGGCUAUGAAUGCCAACAACGCCGCAUUAGUUGGUAGCAAUUCAACUGCCGAUACUGUUAAUGCGACCGAAUCUAAUAGCGAGCAGGGAUCGAACACCCAAGAAACAGAGGGUGAACCAGAUGCGGAUGGUGUUGGUGACGGUGAAGGUGAAGGGGAAAAUGACGGUGAUGGCAGCGGUGAUGGUGACGGUGAUGCCAUGUUAACCGAAGAGGAUGUGCAAGGAGACUUGGACAAAGGCGAUGAUGAUCGCAAUGCACACACCAAACCGAUGACGGCCUCCAGAGAACAAAUAGAGGAAAUUGCGCCACUCAUUGGUGAUGACUGGAAAAAAUUGGGCAAAAAAUUAGGGUACACUGUUGAUGAGCUGCUAUACUUUGAGACGGAACAUCCAGAUCGUGAUGGUGGGUGCAUCGCAAUGCUUAGUAACUGGUUCGCCGAUGACGAUGACGCAAGUCUCGAUAAUUGGGCUUAUAUGCUGGAAGGUUUGGAGAUAAAUGCCGCAGCAAAGGCGGUAAAAGCGCUCAUAGACCGACUCACACCCAAAGAGGACAAAGUGGAGGUGCUAUCAGAUUAGGAUGAAACAAUUUAAAUAGUAAUCUUAAGUGUGAACUCAAUUGAUGUUAUAAACAGAACUCGGUGUUGAUUUAGUUUAUGUUUUAAUAAUAUUCCAAAAGUCAAGUUUACAAUAAUAAUUUAUCACAUGUACAGGGUGUGAAUGCCUUCCACUGUCUACAUUAACAUUAA